AUGCCCAGCCAGCAGAAGAAGGCCAUCUUCUGCACGGCGGGGGUGCUGAGCUUCGUGAGCGCCCUGGGCGUGGUGGCGGCCCUGGGGACCCCGCUCUGGGUCAGGGCCACCUUCCUCUGCCAGACCGCAGCCCUGCUGGUCAACGCCUCGGGCCCCGAGCUGGACAAGUUCGUGGGCGAGCUGCAGUACGGCCUCUUCCACGGGGCGGGCGUCCGGCAGUGCGGCCUGGGGGCCAGGCCCUUCCGCUUCUCGGUCUUCCCGGACCUGCUGAAGGCCAUCCCCAUGAGCGUCCACGUCAACGUCAUCCUCUUCUCGCUGAUCCUCGUCGUCCUGACCAUGGCGGGCACGGCCGUCUUCAUGUACAACGCUUUCGGCAAGCCCUUCGAGGCGCUGCACGGCCCGCUCGGCUUGUACCUUCUGAGCUUCGUGGCAGGUAAGGAAAACACUCUUCGCGCGCCGAAGACCAAGUCUGUCUCUGAAGGCUCCUGCGGCGGCCUUGUCAUGAUACUGUUCGCCUCGGAGGUGAAGAUCCACCACCUGUCCGAGAGCAUUGCCAACUACAAGGAGGGCACGUACGCCUACCGGACGCAGAGCGAGACCUACGCCGCGGCCUUCUGGGUCGUCCUCGCCUGCUUCUCCGUCCACGUUCUCAACGGGCUCCUGAUUCACCUGGCCGGCUUCCAGUGCCCUCUCGCAAAGUCCAAGGGCGCGGGGACGCCCAGCGUGGCCGCGGACCUCAUGUACUGA